AUGUUUCCAGACAGGUUACAAGAGCAGAGGGAGCGAGGGGCGAUGGGGGAGGAGACGGCGACGGUGCGGGUGGCGGAGGGGCUGCUGCGGGGGCGGCGCGUGGAGUCCAAAGCCGGAGGAACCCUCUGGAGCUUCCAGGGAAUCCGUUACGCCCGCGCUCCAAUUGGGCCGCUGCGCUUCAAGGACGCUCAACCUCCGGAAUCUUGGGAAGGAGUUCGAGAUGCAUUUGAAGAAGGAGAUUGCUGUGCUCAGUUCAACUUCUUCAAUAAUAAAUAUGAAGGGAGCGACGACUGUCUCUUCGUGAACGUAUACACCGCUCACCUGCCCGCUCGCAGAGACGACCCCCUUCCAGUCAUGGUCUACAUCCACGGGGGAGGCUUCGAAAGCGGCUCCGGAGAGAGGGGGCACUGCGGCCCUGAUCAUUUGAUUGCAGAGGAUGUAAUAAUGAUCACUUUCAACUAUAGAGUUGGAGUUCUAGGUUUCCUGUUCUUGGAGGAGGCGUCCCCUGGCAACGUGGGGCUGAAGGAUCAGGUGGCAGCCCUGCGCUGGGUGCAGAAGAACAUCGCGGCGUUCGGGGGAGAUCCAGGCAACGUCACCAUCUUUGGCCCCAGCGCUGGUCUGUUCCACCGCGCCAUCGCCAUGAGUGGUGCAGCGCAGAACCCAUGGGCACACCAAACGGAGCCUGCUGCCACUGCCCGGCGCCUGGCGCGUCUCCUGGGCUGCACCAGCGACGACCCGCACGCCAUCGUGGACUUUCUCAGAACUGUCGACUGCAUGGAGCUAGCGCGCACGGCUCGCACGGAGGCAGUGCCGGAGGAGGAUAAACAACGGGUGCUUUAUUUUCCGUUCGUGCCAACGCCAGAACUAGUGGUUCCUGGAGUGGAGACAUUUCUACCUGCUCCAGUUGAGCAGCUGGUGAAAGACGAUACUGAUUUUCGAAAUGAUGAUGUUGCCAAAGAGUUGGAUGGAAACUGGAGGCAGUUCAUUCUCAAAGAACUUCGCAUUCCUUCUGAUGGACCCAACGUGGAUGCUGCUCUUCACGAAUUGAGAGAGUUCUACAUGGGUGGUGCAUGCCACGGUGAUGAGAAGGGUUACAUGUUCGAUUUGGAAUUCGUUCAGUUGGACGCCCCGGAAGAUUCGCCAGCCAUCCUCACGCGUCGCCGCUUGGUUCGGCUGCUGACCAACUUUGCAAAGAGCGGAGACCCAACCCCCGAAGACGAUCCUUUGUUGGGCGUACGCUGGAAGCCGUACACCAAAGAUAAGAGGAACUUUUUGAAUAUUGGCAAUCAGUUGCAAAGCAGCACAGACCUCUUUGCUGACAGAGCUGCAUUCUGGGAAAAAUUUUAUGAAAAGAGCAUAGUGAACGAGUGACGAGUGAUGAUGAGUGAGGAGACGGCGACGGUGCGCGUGGCGGAGGGGCAGCUGCGGGGGCGGCGCGUGGAGUCCCGCGCCGGAGGAGCCUUCUGGAGCUUCCAGGGAGUGCGCGCGCCUCCUGUUGGCCCGCUGCGCUUCAAGAUGCGCAACCCGCGGAAUCGUGGGAGGGCGUUCGCGACGCCUUCAAGGAAGGAGACAUCUGUACCCAAUUCAACUUGAUGUCCAACACCUGCGACGGGGCCGAGGACUGCCUCGUUCUGAACGUGUACACCCCACAGCGGCCCGCCGCCACAAACAGCCCGCUCCCCGUGAUUGUCUACGUCCACGGUGGAGGGUUCAUCUGCGGCUCAGGCAACCGAGACUACGGCGGCCCGGAUUACUUGGUGGCAGAGAAUGUCAUUGUGGUCACAAUCAACUACAGGCUCGGAGUUCUCGGUUUCCUGUUCAUGGAGGAGGCGUCCCCUGGCAACGUGGGGCUGAAGGAUCAGGUGGCAGCCCUGCGCUGGGUGCAGAAGAACAUCGCGGCGUUCGGGGGAGAUCCAGGCAACGUGACGCUGUUCGGCCCCAGCGCUGGUGCCGUGUCGGUGCAUCUCCACACGCUCUCGCCCAUGUCCAAAGGUCUGUUCCACCGCGUCAUCGCUUGCAGCGGAGCAGCGUUGAAUCCGUGGGCGCAGCAGACGGAGCCGGCAGACACCACCCGCCGCCUGGCGCGCGCCCUCGGCUGCACCAGCGACGACCCGCACGCCAUCGUCGAGUUCUUGCGAGGUGUCGACCACAAGGAACUGGUGCGCCUCUCUCACACGCACGCAGCGCCGGAGAAGGAUAAGGCGCGCUUGCUCAAAUUCUCGUUCGUGCCAACACCAGAACGGGUGGUUCCAGGAGUGGAGACCUUUCUACCAGCUUCAGCAGAGCAGUUGAUGAAAGAUGGUUGUCAUUAUGAUGUACCCUAUAUGACUGGAAUUACGGAGAAAGAGGCCCUAAUGAUAUUAAAAUUUCAUGAUUUCCGAAACGAGGAUAUUGCAAGAGAGUUGGAUGCAAAUUGGAACGCGAACAUUCUCACUGAACUUCGCCUGCCUACUGGCGGUAGCAAAAAUGCUGCUGCUCUCGAUGCGUUAAGAAAAUUUUAUAUGGAUGGCAAACCACUUUCAAAUGAUACAAUUGAUGGAUAUAUCGAUAUGCUUUCGGAUCUGACGUUUGGUGAGGGAAUUAUGAAUGCUAUUAGGAACAUAGUAAAGAAAUCUACAUCGCCUGUCUUCCUGUAUGUCUUCUCUGUGGACGACCAGCUAAAUGCAAUUAAGGCUUUUAUGAACAUAGAUAUGCCUGGUGCCUCCCACGGCGAUGAUCUGGGAUACAUUCUUCAUAUUGGAUUCGUUCCUCUCGACGUCCCAGAAGAUUCGUCAGCAGCUCGCACGCGACGCCGCAUGGUGCGGAUGCUGACCAACUUUGCCAAGACUGGAGACCCAACCCCUGAGGACGACCCUCUCAUAGGCGUCCGUUGGAAGCCCUACACGAAGGACGAGAAGAACUUCUUGAGCAUUGAAAACCAACUGCAAAAUCGAACAGACCCCUUUGCUGACCGCGCUGCGUUUUGGGAGACGUUUUAUGAAAAAUAUGGAUCAUGAGGCGAAUCAUUUGAACGUUGGCCGCAAAUUUAUAUUUUUUACACAAUGUUUAGCGUUAUUACUUUUUCUUUCAAGAAAAGUAAAUAAAAUAACCAAUAAAAGGUUUUUUUCAUUGUGGUUUCCAAGUAUACUGUUAUCAUAUUGUACGUUCAACUAACGAAUGAAAAGGAAUAGUGCAGCGACAACUGAUAAGGGUCCGUUGACGUUUAGGCGACUGCAAUCCCCAGAGGAUCAUUGGAAAUGAAGAGAAAUCUGAUCCAACCUUAUACCAAAUGAAAUCAGAAAUAGUCAGGAAUCACACGAAUCAGCACCUAAAAGAUUAAAAAACUCUGGGUAAAUAUUAAUUUAGCUAUAUAUUUUUAAUUGUGGUGAAAGGGGAAAUAUCAAGUCCGGAUUAAGUAUUGUGGAGCCCCCUAAGGGGAAAAUCGUGUUGGAGCUUUCCUCCAAAAACACUUUUCUCCAGAAUUUCUAACUCUUGAUAUAAAAGUGUAAAACAAAUGGUAAAACAUAAAAAUACUAGUAAUUUUAAAUACUAACAUUAUAGUAGUAGAGUAUUUGAUUAUAUAUUCAAAGAGAUAUUUAGAGAUAAAAGUGUUUUAAAAUUUUUUUCGAAUAUUUUAUGAAUAUUUUCCGGAGCGAGGG